UCAAAACCCAACUUCCAUAUCUCAGGCUGAGAGAGAGAGCAUUUCCUAACAAUCCUAUACUAAGAAAAGAAAGGCACAGAAAAAAUCAAUGGCAGCCCAAGCUCUUCUGUCAUCAAUGGAUGCUGGAAGACGACUACUUGGGAGGCCCCUUCAAUCCACACCGUCCAGAACUUUUGGGUCCUCAAGAAAAGCUUCAUUUGUGGUCAGGGCAGCUUCCACACCCCCAGUCAAGCAAGGAGACAGGCAGCUGUGGUUUGCAUCCAAACAGAGCCUUUCUUACUUGGAUGGCAGUCUCCCCGGCGACUAUGGUUUUGAUCCGUUGGGCCUGUCGGACCCCGAAGGAACUGGAGGGUUCAUCGAGCCCAAGUGGCUAGCUUAUGGCGAGGUCAUCAACGGUCGCUAUGCCAUGUUGGGGGCUGUGGGUGCCAUUGCACCGGAGAUCUUCGGCAAGCUGGGCUGGAUCCCACAAGAGACCGCCCUCCCAUGGUUCAAAACUGGUGUGAUCCCGCCUGCUGGGACCUACAACUACUGGGCUGACCCGUAUACGCUCUUUGUAUUUGAACUGGCGCUCAUGGGCUUUGCAGAGCACAGGAGGUUCCAGGACUGGGUUAAGCCAGGGUGCCUGGGUAAGCAGUACUUCUUAGGGUUUGAGAAGUACUUGGGUGGGUCAGGGGACCCACCAUACCCAGGUGGGCCCUUGUUCAACCCACUUGGGUUAGGGAAAGAUGAGAAGUCAUUUAAGGAAUUGAAGCUGAAGGAAGUGAAGAAUGGGAGGUUGGCCAUGUUGGCCAUCUUGGGCUAUUUUGUGCAAGGGCUGGUGACUGGGGUUGGACCCUUCCAAAACCUUUUGGACCACUUGGCUGACCCAGUCAAUAACAAUGUGUUGACUAGCCUUAAGUUCCAUUAAGAUUAGGGUUUGUUGUAUGAAGUGUUGAAGGGACUUCUUAUGUGUGUUGUACCAUUUUGUGGACACUUGUAAUUUGGUGUACUCCCUACAAUAUGAUGAGCACUUCAUCUUUGUAAA